AUGUCAGGUACGGAUCGUAUCGAGGUUUCCAGUGCUGACGGCCGCAUGCGGACUGACCUGAUAUGGAAGAAGCUGGACUGGCCCAGGGACACGGUCGUUGACCCGAUCGGAGGUCGCGUCAUCAUCAUUUCAUCCAAUCUGACCUGGUGGCCUAAUGGCCUUGCCAUUGACUACGAGACCAAACAUCUGUACUGGGCAUACACUGUAAUGAAAACGAUAGAAUUUGGGAACUUGAUUUGGGUUUUGCUCAGCAGCCAGCUGCCUCAGCCUUUUGGCCUGACCGUACAUGAGGACAAGCUGUACUGGACAGACUGGCAAUCUAAGAGCGUCCAGAGUGCUGACAAGCUGACUGGAUUGGGACGAGAGACGCUGGCAGAAAACUUGGAGAACCUGAUGGAUAUUCAUACAUUGCUCCCAUUCUCUCUCCUCUCAACUUACAUUAAAAGUAGGUUGAUGGGUGAUCCGAGGGUGUUUCUGGAUUUAUUUAUAGUGCAGAACCCGUUUGUAGUGAAUAAUGGAGGCUGUGGCCACCUCUGUCUCCUGGCGCCUGCCCCCAAAGCCUCCAGCUGUGCCUGUCCCACUGGGAUCAACUUGCAGACUGAUGGAAAGACCUACAACCCUGGUAUGGAAGCAUGGAGAUGCAUUUCCUAA